AUGGAGGAGGCAAGCAGGCUGCUUUCCACCAUUGAGCUGGAUGAGUACACCAUCAAGGAAGUCCAGAAUGGUUGGGAGACGACCGAGAAACGGUUGGGAGGGCCGAAGGCAGCGGGCGAGGAGGUGUUCGGCAAGUUGAAGAACGAGCUUCCAAAGACCCAGGGCAUGCUGACGCGGUCCAGCACCGUCUGGCACCUCUUGUCCGAGCUGCUGCAGUGCCUGGCCGAGCCCAAGCUGGUCCAGAAGCGCCUGGAGUACAUCGCCCUGCGCCACAUGAACGCAGACAUCACCACGGCCGACGUGGAGAUCUUCAAGAGCGUGCUCUUCGAUGUCUGCGCAUCGAAGCUGGGGGGCCUGAUGACUCCUGAGUUCCAGUUUGGCCUCGGUCAGAUCGUGGUGGCCGUGGGUACCUCGCUGGCCAAGACCCACGAGCACUACGCCAAGCGCUUGAAGCUGCUGACAUCCUGCUGGAAGGAGGUGAAUGUGAAUGAGGACGAGGAGGACAAGCAAGAGCACCACGGAAGCUCGGAGGAGGACAAGGACAAGGAAGAGGAGGAGGGAAAGGAGAAGGAGGACGAGAAGCACAAAGACAAGGACAAGGGCCAGGCAAACGCAAAGGCCGACGCUUCGAAAGAUGCUUCGAAGGAUCCGGAGAAGGGAGACCAAGAGCAAGAGGGCGACGAGCGGCACGGGGCAUGGCAGGACAACUCCAACCUCAACAUCCCGAAGACCUUCUCCGCCAUGGCCCGGUUCAACGCCGCCGUCAUGGGCACCGGAGACCGCAUGUGGUUUGCCGACAUGCUCUAUGCCAUGGAGUCCCUGGUGCCCUACAUCGGCAACAUCGACCGGGUUCAGGAGGACUGUGACGUACUGACCUUGACCUUGGCGAAGUACGAGCAGGUGAACCUCAAGGAGUUCCGCUCCGUGAUGUUUGCUAGCCUCAGGUCCCUCCUCCCCACGAAAUGGAGCAAUGAUCAUGAGAAUGCUUGGGCCUGGUUCUGGGGCGUUGUGGAAAAGAAGGUCGAAGAGAACAAGAAGCUCCCUGUCUACAACCAUCAGUGCCUGAGAACCUUCAUGUCUCGUCUGGAUGAAGACACCCUGGAAGACUUCAAACUGAAGGUCUUCGACUCCUUCUUCGCAAACUGUGAGGAGUCGCAGCUCUACCUGCGGGCGGCGAACAAGCGCCUGAUGUACAUCAUGGGAAGGAUCCUGACCAUCAUGUCCGACAUCUACACGAAGACCCAUCAUGCCGUCAUCGCCCUCUCGGCUCUGGGCCUUCUUCAUGCUGGUCACGGGGUUCCCGAGGAUCUGGUGCGUCCCUUUGUCCAGGCCUUCAUGGGCGGCAUCAAGGAGAAUUGCCCGGAUGAGGCCUUGCACGACGGGCUCUGGUGGACUUUGGACUUGAUCGGCAGGAUCUUCAUCCGCACCCUCUCCGAAGGCUCCACGCCCGUGAUCAUCGCCAUCAACCGAAACACCUCCAAGGCGAUGAAGACGGCCGUCGCGGACUAUCCGCGUGGGGAGCGCGAGGUGAUCCUUCUCAAGGUCCAGGUGGGUACCGAGUCCAUGUCUCCUCUGAUCUGGGCUGUGGAGAAGGGUGCCCUGGAGUCUGCGAAGGAGAUCCUCACAGACUUGCUCACGAUGCGUGCGGACCGUGCGCGGUACUACUAUGGCAUGGAGCUGCUCUUCACCCGGCACCCUGACAUCAUCAGCCUGCUCUGCACCAAGGCGCCCUCGCUCCUCCCGACCGUCUUCGACGGACUCAUCUGGCGCUCCAAGAACGUGAAGAACGGCCUGCGCCGCGCCAACUACUACAUCGCAUCCCUGCUCCGAGGCGAGGAUGGCCUCUUGACGGAUAGCUUGCUGGAUUUGAUCAAGCAAGGCGACCCUGAGAUCAUCUGCCAUCCCACGGUGGUCUUCCAGGCGGAUCUGCUGUGGACUCGGCUUUGUUGCACGCCCUGGGCCAUGACGAAGCUGUGGUUCUGCGUGACCCUCGUGGCAUACGUCUUUGCAGAGCAGCAGGCCGUGGCUGCCAGUGAUCCUCUGAGCAACGAGCGCUACACGACCAUCUUAUGCAGGGCAUUCAUGUACAUCGGCAGUUUGGGUCAGCUCUUCGCCAAGCAUGGCUUCCAGACCUUCCGAGCCGUUCGCCAGAAGCAAAUGACACGCUUCUGCUGCUUGCCCGUGCCGAAGUACAUCCUGCAGACGCGCCAGGAGCUGAUCGAAGUUCUUCUUCUCUUCCUUCUGAUGUGCAUGUUGUGCUGCGAACCGGUGCUCCACUGCCUCGCGGUCAGCAGUGAGCUUCUCACCAAUUGUUGUGAGUAUGGGGAAUGGCAGUGUGGUCUCAUUCAUGCCUACAACCGCCUUGCUGCCUUCCCCAUGUUCCUCUACUUUGUGCUGGUCUCCGAAUUGGUGCAUCUGAAUGUGCAUCUCUCCGUCUUCAGCGUGAUUUGCUCCACUUUGAUGUGGGAGUUCAUCCUUUACGUCGCAGUCCUGGCAUUCCUCACGGCAGCAUUCGCUUCCGCCAUUGCUUGCUUGCCUCCAGCUAUGGCAGCGGCAGACGAGUCGAUUCAGCAGCGGGACUUCUUCAGCUGGCCCCUGGCUUUUGAGUCCCUGCUGUCUGCGGCAUUCAAUGUCUAUGGCAGCAACAACUAUGAAGAGAUUGCAGUGGCGUCCGAGCCGCUGCUGAAGUGGUUUGUCAUUGCCUUCGCCGCAUGCUGGCAUGUGUACCUCAUGAAUCUGAUGGUGGCGCAGCUGUGCCAGCGCUACAACGAGAUCUAUCACGACGCACGGGGCAACGCCCGAUUGACCCGUGGGAUCAACAUCUACGAAACCUCCAUGCCACUCAUCUCCAAGAAGCGCUGGACGGCCUUUGUGGAGUCCUUACACUUAGAGGAGGCCUGCGAGCUCGACGAGGGCGACAACGGCCCGCGCGGGGCGGUGCCCACGACCGAGGACCCCUACGAGUACCUCCAGUAUCCCAAGGUGACGCUGGAUCGGGUCCAGCGCUACGGCGGCCUUGCGAACCCCGUGCUGCCCUGGCCGUCCCUUGACGAGGCGGUGGACGACAGCGCCGUCGGCAAGCUGACGCGAACCAUGAAGGCCAAGUUCGAGGAGAUGGACAGGCUCAUGGUGGACAUGGCCAUCAAGUUGCAAGUUCGCCCCCCAGGGACCUCAGGCGGCACCAACCAGUUCUCCGCGAUGCACUCCGAGAAGCGCGAUGAAAGCAAGAUUGCGGAUUCCGUUGACGACCACGACGCGGCCACCGUGAAGGACACCGAAGUGUCGGAGGAGUUGGCCAUGAACGAGAAGACUGCGCAUGAGCUUCCAAACGAGGGCACGGAGGAAGCCGAGACGCUGACAGCGACCCCCUACGGCAUCAACCCCAGCGAGAAUCGAAGCCCUUCGAUCGUGCAGAAUUAA